GCCGCCGCUCCCCGGACAGCUCCGGCUCCUCCUCGGCGGCCUCUCCCGGCCUCGGGGACCUCAAGCCCCGCAGCCCCGGCCCCGCCGCCCGCUGCCACCCGGAGGGGCGCCGCCCACACCCCGGGCCCGCCCAAUCACAGGCGUCCUCUUGCGUGUGGAAGGAGAUCAGCCAAUCAGCGCGGCGCUUCCCGCCGCCGCUCGCGGGACUGACGGCCAAUCGGGUGUCGGUGCGCGGCCGCGGGUGGCCGGGGCCGGCGUCGCGGGGAUGGCGGAGCCGGGCGGGAGCGGCGCGGGGCCGGGGCCGGGGCCGGGGCGGCCGCCGCCCGGGGACCUGCGGAGCGCGCUGAUCACCAGCGUGCUGAACCUGGAGCGGCUGGAGCUCGACCUGUUCAGGGGCCGGCACCACUGGGUGCCCGCCACGCAGCGCCUUUUCGGCGGGCAGAUCGUGGGCCAGGCCCUGGUGGCGGCCGCCCGCGCCGUCACCCGCGACGAGCAGGUCCACUCGCUGCACUGCUACUUCGUGCGCACAGGGGACCCCAAGGUGCCGGUGCUGUACGAGGUGGAGCGGACCCGCACGGGGAAGAGCUUCUCUGUUCGCUCUGUAAAGGCCAUCCAGCACGGGAAGCCCAUCUUCACCUGCCAGGCCUCCUUCCAGCUCUCCCAGGACAGCCCAGUGCGGCACCAGUUCACCAUGCCAACUGUGCCGCCCCCUGAGCAGCUGCUGACGCAAGAGGAGCUCAUCCACAAGUUCCUGCAGAAUCCCAACUUGGCAGAGAGAUACAGAAAGCACCUCACCAAGAUUCAGGCUGAAGAUGUGCCAAUCGAUAUCAAACCGGUGAACCCACCAGACAUCUUCUGCUCAGAGCCACAGGAGCCGAAGCAGCUCUUCUGGGUGCGAGCACGAGGCUACAUAGGAGAGACUGACAUGAAGCUGCACUGCUGCGUGGCUGCCUACAUCUCCGACUAUGCCUUCCUGGGCACGGCGCUGCUCCCGCACCGCCAGUACCGCAUCAAGUUCAUGGUGUCCCUCGACCACUCCAUGUGGUUCCACGCGCCCUUCCGAGCAGACCACUGGAUGCUGUAUGAGUGCGAGAGCCCCUGGGCCGGUGGGUGCCGGGGGCUGGUGCAGGGGCGGCUGUGGCGCAGGGACGGGGUCCUGGCGGUCACCUGCGCGCAGGAGGGAGUCAUCAGGGUGGAGCAAACGCCGAACCAGAGCAAGCUGUAGCUGAGGAAGCCCGGCAGAGCAAGGGAGGGAGCCCAGGAACAAAGCACUGGGGAGCAGCGUGGGACGCAGAUGGCUGCGGGAAGGAGCCAGGCAGGUGCAGGGGUUGGGUGCUGGUGCUGAGACCCUCUGCCACGGCCGGGGACCCGCAGCGGCACCACGGCGCCGGAGCCGUGCUGCACGGAGCCACCCGCACUGCAGCUGCCUCUCACCCACUGGCAAUAAAGCUGCUGAGGAACA